CGUUCCAUAGUGAGAUCUUCAUUUAACAUCUCCGUAGUUACGACACGCCGGGGAGCUGGGGAGUAGAACUUUAGAACGAGAGUUUGUCUCAAAACUGGACCGAAACAGUCUAUCUAUUCUAGGACUACAUAGAGUCUCGCCAGUUAAUUUAUCUUGACGAUGGCGAUUAGGAGUGUACCCUGGCAGAGGUCUGUUUCUGAUGCGGUGUCUUGGCACCAGGACCAGGCUCUGUCAGCGACUAUUUACAUCCUCAGAGAAACGGGUCCAACAGGAUUCCUGCUUAAGGAGGAAGGAGAGUCCAAGAAGGUCAAGGUGCUUCUUGGAGAUCCUCAUAAGUGUACCUGUUCUGUGUUCAAGAAGGAGAAGGAGCCGUGCAAGCAUAUUUGUUGGGUACUACUGAAGAAAUUUCGUCUGGAUAGGAAUAAUGAACUAUCAUAUCAACGAGGCUUUGUGGAGCGUGAGAUCAAUGAUGUUCUGAGAGGCCUUGCAAAGAAAGAGGAUCCACGGAGACGAGCAGUAGCAGCUCGAAUCGCAAGGAAUGCUGCUAAGGGUGAUACAACUUACCAUCAUACAGAUGGUAAAGAAGCACUACAGCAGAGAGAGAUCACCGAAGAGGAUGUUUGCCCUAUUUGCCAAGAUGAACUUCUCGGAAACAGAGAGCCGGUGACCUAUUGCAGGUUUGGUUGUGCUAAGAGCAUUCAUAUCAAAUGCAUGAAGGUAUGGGCCGACCAUCAGAAGUCCACUGGGGAGACUGUCUUGAAGUGCCCCCUCUGCAGGGAGGAUUUCGGUCAGAUAGACACCCUGGAGGCUGAGUAUCGUAAUGCGGCUUUACAGAAGACGAGAGCAGAGCAUGCAGAUAUUCACAUGGGCAAGUCGUGUGAUGCUUGUAACCAGUCACCCAUCUCCGGCAAGUGCUACAAAUGCACAGGAUGUACGGACCUCUUCUUGUGUCAGAACUGCUUCGUAUCUAACAUCCAUUCACAGCACUCGUUCCAGUUUAGACAGAAAAGCAACCAGAGAUGGCGCCCUGCACAGAGAGGAUCGGGAGGCGCCCUGCCGUCAGCCGUCAUGUCAGAUUUAGAGAACAGAGACAUCACAGAUGAGGAUUAUGAUACUCUGCUACAGCUUGACAAUGCAGCCUCCAACCAGAUGAGCAAUGUCCCUGAGCAUGUGGUGAAGUCCUUCCAUGUAGAGACAGUGCGAGACGGUAGCAACCUCUUAUCACUGGGCACACAGUGUAGGGUGUGCUUGAGAGCCUAUGCCAUGGGACAACUGGUUAAAAAGCUUCCAUGCAGGCACAAGUUCCAUGCAGAAUGCAUAGACCAGUGGUUGCUUCAUGAGCACCCAACAUGCCCUAUAGAUGGUACUGUGGUCUGGAACCCCAUCACAGCACAAACCAGGCAGAGCAAGAAAACCAAGAAAGCCAACCAGGGAAACGAGGAUGGGACACAAGGAGAGGUUCCCAGCCUAGGCCUACAGAUAGGUCCUGGUGCAGGAGUGGUCAGACUCCAAGGGAGAGAUGCAGCUGGAAGACAGAAAGGCAGGCCUGGGCAUGGUCAGGACAGGAAUCCUACAGACAUUGGACUGACAGCAGACUUUCAGCUAACAGGCUCCUCCUUUAUAUCAAAGCCCAUCCUACCAAACAGGUCAACUCCCGAUCGGCAUAGAGGGCUUCCAUCACAACACUCUGAUCCAACCGACUCUGCUCUUCUGCAGAGACUGCAUUCACAUGAAGACACUAUUGACUCCAGCUCACCGUCAAGUUACCAGCCAUCUUCCCAAAGGAUUGUUAAUACAGGUGACUUCAAUGCAGGACCAACCAAUCAGAAGGGCGUGGUCAUCAGACACAGGCCACCCGCCAGACCUCUGACCUUAGACAGAAAUAGAACUCAUGUUUCUUCCAUUCCCCUGCAAAGGGAAGAGGCUAAUAUGACCCCUGUUGGGGGUCAUCAUGGCAGCAGCAAUGCAUCACCUCUCUCAAUCCCUAGGCUUCCAGUAGAAAAUGGUGUUAGCUCGCCCCAUGAAAGUGUCAGAGAGAGGGGACGAUUAGGGCAGAAAACUGCAGAGGUGAAUAGAAGAAGAGCCAGGAGUCUCGGUAUCGGCAGGAAUCGAUCUUCGUCCAGAGAACGGUCACACCUCCAGCCAGACAAUAAGCCACAGAGUGCAGAAAGCCUCUUCCUGGGUUCAACCAGUGGACAACUCAUCGGAUCUUCCAAAUCACCUUCAUCGAACGGCGUGGGCAGCGGCCAUCAUCCCAGGUCAAAGGUCAAACCACUAUUGACCAACCACAGGCAUCCUAGCUCUAGCAGAGAUCAUUCAGUGGACCUCGCUCUUGCUGGUAAUGCCAUGAACAGUCUUAACCUACAUGGCUUUAAUGAUUAACAAUAGCCAAUCAGAAUGACACAAUUAUAUUU